AAUCCAAUCCGGGUUCCUGAUUGGUGACUGUCAACUUCGUUUGAUUGCGGUGUAUGUCGUGAAUGCUCGUGGAUGGAUUUGAACGUUAUUGAGGCUUUCUUUAAGUGCAAUGUAGAACGUCGCUACCACAGAUCAACGUGAUCGAACGUACUCCUUCAAUGCGCUUCAGAACCAGGGACAUGCGCCCGUCUCCAACGCACACUUGCGGUAGAUCGGCGCCAUAUGAACCCUUCGUGAGUUGUAGCGCGUUCACUUCAGAGUUAGCAACGAGCAGCUUGUGCACUGUGUGUAUCUCCUGAGAUUUUCGACAGUCGUACUCCCACCGAGGGCAUCGUAGCGCCUACAAAGGUGAAAUGAGGAAGUGCUGCGUCUUGACGUGUGGCGCCUGUCAAUCCGACGGUGUGUCGCUCUUCAGCUUUCCCAAGAACCCUAGACUGAGGAGUAAAUGGGUUCGCAUGGUCAACAGGGAUCACUCUAGUAUCUCCUCUUCCACCGUGGUGUGUUCUAGACAUUUCCCAGAACAUCUUGUGGGGACGAAGGCCAAGCCGCGACUGACAAGGGGCUCAUUUCCGACGCUGCAGCUCCAAGAAGCGUCGACCGCGAGUACCGGAGGAAAACGACUGCGCAGUCGUGCCGCCUGUGGGGCCUUUUCUUCUGAAGGUGUUGAUGGUCUGUCCUCUUCGCCUGACCAUCUACAUGUUGAAGAAGCAACCAUCACUGUGGUGAAGCAAGAGCCCGAGGAGAUGCUUGAUACUCCAACCAUAGAAAGCUUGUGUUCUGAGGACUACAGUGGAGUGUCUACUACUCCACUGCACUUGGAGGGAGAGGAAGACAGAGCUUGUGCAGUGAAAGAAGAGGUGGACUCCGUGUCUGCCGCUUCAACCUGCGGGGAUGGCUACCUUGAAGGCGCCGUCUGCCUCCACUUUUCCGCCGAAUGCCCGGUAGAAGUUGAGACAGCUUCUCUCAGGGUGAAGGAAGAACCAGAUGAGUUUGCUCCCGCCCUUGGGAUGGAAGGCGAGGGCAAGACCUCUGAGGCUUUUGACUCCGUGUCAUUUUUGCCAGUGCUGCUGGAGGGACAGCGGAGGGACGGUUCCCUUCAUGUGAUUGAAGUGCCGGACGAGAUACUGCCCACUCCAACGGGCGGAGCUUUCCGUUCAGAGGACUGUAACAGAGUGUAUUGCCCUCAGCCGGACCGGGAAGGACACAACAAGAGCUGCGUCGUGAAGCAAGACGCCGACGAUGUGCCAGAGGGGAGCUCCGACUGUGGAGGAAGCCAUAGCUUGUCCUCUUCCCAAGAACGCUCGGACCAGGAAUGUCUGGACGAACAGGUGAAUCCAAGACAUGGCUGUUCUUUUGGAACCUGGUCCAGCAUCUCUACAAGGAAGACCAUUGCAAUUGAAGGCACACAGACAGAAGAAGCGUCUAGGAAGCAUCACUUAACUACUUGUGAAAGGAUUGACACAGAUGAAAGGCCCUUUAAAUGCCUUGCGUGCCCUAAGGCUUUUCGGACUAAGUCUUCCUUGAAGGUUCACGAGAGAUAUCAUAGUGAUGAAAAGCCGUUUGAAUGCCCCUACUGUCCUAAAGCAUUUCAAACAAAGUCGAGGUUGACUGUGCACAAGAUAUCUCACAGUGAUAAAAGGCCGUUUAAAUGCCCCAGCUGCCCUAAAGCAUUUAAAAGUAAGCCAAGCUUGGCUAUGCACAAGCGAUUUCACUGUGAUAAAAGGCCGUUUAAAUGCCCCAGCUGCCCUAAAGCAUUUAAAAGAAAUUCAAGCUUGACUAUGCACAAACAACUUCACAGUGAUAAAAGGCCGUUUAAAUGCCCCAGCUGCCCUAAAGCAUUUAAAACCAAGUCAUACUUGACGACUCACAAACUAUCUCACAGUGAUAAAAAGCCGUUUAAAUGCCCCAGCUGCCCUAAAGCAUUUAAAACCAAGUCGCACUUGACGACUCACAAACUAUCUCACAGUGAUGAAAAGCCGUUUAAAUGCCCCAGCUGCCCUAAAGCAUUUCAAACAAAGUCGAAGUUGACUGUGCACAAGAUAUCUCACAGUGAUAAAAGGCCAUUUAAAUGCCCCAGCUGCCCUAAAGCAUUUAAAAGUAAGCCAAGCUUGGCUACGCACAAGCGAUUUCACUGUGAUAAAAGGCCGUUUAAGUGCCCCAGCUGCCCUAAAGCAUUUAAAAUCAACUCGCACUUGACGACUCACAAGCUAUCUCACAGUGAUGAAAGGCCGUUUAAAUGCCCCAUCUGCCUUAAAGCAUUUCAAAUGAAGUCAAGCCUGGCUAAGCACAAGAUAUGUCACAGUGAUGAAAGGCCAUUUAAAUGCCCCAUCUGCCCUAAAGCAUUUCCAACAAAGUCGAGGUUGACUGUGCACAAGAUAUCUCACAAUGAUGAAAGGCCGUUUAAAUGCCCCAUCUGCCUUAAAGCAUUUCAAAUGAAGUCAAGACUGGUUAAGCACAAACUAUGUCACAGUGAUGAAAGGCCAUUUAAAUGCCCCAUCUGCCCUAAAGCAUUUCAAACAAAGUCGAGGUUGACUGUGCACAAGAUAUCUCACAGUGAUAAAAGGCCAUUUAAAUGCCCCAGCUGCCCUAAAGCAUUUAAAAUUAAGCCAAGCUUGGCUAUGCACAAGCGAUUUCACUGUGAUAAAAGGCCGUUUAAAUGCCCCAGUUGCCCUAAAGCAUUUAAAAUCAACUCGCACUUGACGACUCACAAGCUAUCUCACAGUGAUGAAAGGCCAUUUAAAUGCCCCACCUGCCUUAAAGCAUUUCAAAUGAAGUCAAGCCUGGCUAAGCACAAGCUAUGUCACAGUGAUGAAAGGCCAUUUAAAUGCCCCAUCUGCCCUAAAGCAUUUAAAAAGAAGUUAUCCUUGACCACUCACGAGAUAUCUCACAGUGAUGAAAGGCCGUUUAAAUGCCCCUCCUGUCCAAAUUCGUACUGUAGCCAAUCUUCCUUGAGAGUUCACACAAGACUUCACCAGAAAGGUGAGAGGACCUUCAAAUGUGAAACUCGUGACAGAUCAUUUGCAGAAAAGUGUCACUUGACCAACAAUGAGCUAAUUCAUGCAGGCCCAAAGCCAUUCACGUGCUCCACCUCUUCAGAAGAGUUUCGUUUUAGGGCUAAGUUGAAUUAUCACAAAACUAUUCACGUGCCUGUGGCUUAUAAAUGCCCCACCUGUCCGAAAUUAUUCCGCACAAAGUUUUACUUGAAUGUUCAUGAAAAACUUCACAAAAAUGAACGAACUUGUCUAAAAGAUAUUUAUCAAAAGUCUAGCAUGAAUAGUCAUAAAACAAUUCAUGAAUGCAAAGGAACCAGCAGAUGUGACACCUGUGACAAAUUGUUUGAACAGAGAAUGGGCCAAAGCAGGCCCCAGCCUACCACCUGUGACCUACCACCUGUGGCUAUGCACACAGGUGGUAGGCUAUUGAAAUCUGGUGCCCACCCAAAAGAGUUGAUAGACAAAUCGAGCUUGAGUCUUCACGAAAGACUUCUUAGUGGCAAGAUGCCAUACAAAUCUGAAAAUCUUGAUGCAGCAUUUUUAUGGAAAUAUAAACAAGUGGGUUGCAAACAAAGUCAGUUGAUCAGAAAUCAUGUUUUAUGCCACACCUCCUCAGAAGCACUUUGCAAAGAGUCUCAGUUGAGUGCUCAUGGAAAGAUUCACCGAGAUGAACUGACCUGCAAUCUUAGCACUCAUGCUGUCGCAGUCACUGAAGGAGGGCACGUGAGUGCUCACCAGGCUGUUUACAAGAGUGAAGGUCUAUCGAAAUGUCCUGUCCAGCCAAAAGUAGUUAAACUGAACUUACCUCUUCAAUCGAAGCUUUCUUUUCAGUUGAAACUUCCUUUCAAUCUCCUUUCAAAUUACAAGGGUACAAUCUACAAAUGUAGCAUUUGUACCAUGGCAUUCACCAAUGAGCAACACUUAAAGGCUCACCAGGUGGCUCACCUGGGAUGAAAACUCAGUUCGCACAGGAUGAAAUUCUUUUAGUUGCCUGACUUGCCUGUGAGAAUUUGAGUGUCUUCCUAGGAUCGUCAAGAAUAUCGCUGCAAUGAUUUUGAUGAGUUUAAGGCUAUGCAUGGUGGUACCUGUGGACUGGCAUUCAGAUGAAGUUGGUGCUUUGAUGAGCAUGUCUUUUGUAUAAAUGUCUGUUAUAAACAUAUGCACGCCCUCGAGGUGCAUAAGGUGCAAAGCCUUGUCGAAAGUAGGUAACUCAUGCUGAAGCUCCUCUUUGCUACUUUCACCUUGUCAGUGAUUAUAGUGUUUUUGUCAAAAACAGUGACGCAUUGCAGUACUUUAUGUUCAAGCGUCAGUAUUUAGACGAACUGACAGAUCAUCUAUGUAUUAGUUUAUAAACAAACAAUAUAGGGGUGCUGUACAUUCCUCCCACAAGGCUUUUUUUUAGAAAUAAAAAAUGUCUUCCAAUGA